AUAUAGAAUAAAUAAUGAUUCUGAAGAAAACACAUCUUCGGAUGAGGAACAAGAACCUCCUUGUCGCUCAGUUAGACGACUACAGGUGCCAUUUGAAAAGGCAUCGAAGAAAACCAAAACGAAGACGUGUAGCCGAACUAACCACAGACAGAUCUGCAAAUGAACUUCAAUUUGCUGUAAAUGUCGUUUCUGGAAGCAAUCACAGUGAGGUCUCGCCACAAAUUUUUAGUUUUAGUACAGCUGAAGCUUUAGCCCUUAUGGUAGAUUUGGAUAUAUCCGCCGAUCAAGUUUUUAUUUAAAAAGGAAAAUGCUGAUUUAGUGCGGAAUACGGAAAAGGAAAUAAUAACAAAAAUUGAAAAUUUGAUUCCUAUUGAGAUU